UUUAACGUCCGGCUUCAAGCGUCUCUGUUUGUAUCUGACCAAACUGUCUAACCUUACCUCUCUAAAGUUUUUUCUUUCUUUUUGAAAUAAUCUCUGUUUUAAGCGACGGAUAUUGACAUGGAAGACAGUGAAAAGAAAGCCCCAUCAGUAAUCGAGCGAUAUUUCACACGCUGGUAUAGAACAGAUCUGAAGGGAAAAGUAUGUGAGGAUCACUGCAUUCUACAGCACUCCAACAGAAUAUGCGUCAUCACACUUGCAGAGUCUCAUCCUAUCCUUCAGAAUGGACGAAAGAUUAAAAACAUAAACUACCAGAUCAGUGACGGAUGCAGCCGUCUGAAGAACAAGGUGUCUGGAAAGUCAAAGCGAGGUGGUCAGUUCCUGACAGAGUUUGCACCACUGUGUAGAAUAACGUGUACAGAUGAACAGGAAUACACCAUAUACAGCUGUAUCAGAGGACGUCUCCUAGAAGUGAAUGAAGCCAUUAUGAACAAGCCGGAUCUGUUAUUGGAAAGGCCUUCCACAGAAGGAUACAUUGCAGUUAUAUUACCUAAAUUUGAAGAGAGUAAGAGUAUCACAGACGGUCUUCUGACCAGAGAACAAUAUGAGGAGGUUAUUGUGAAAAGAAACCAACAAGAAGAGCCUUGCUGAGAUCAACUUGCUCUUUAAAACUGCUGAGUCUCCUUUGAGGAAUACUUGCUUCAAGCAGGUGAGAACGUCUAUGGCAUCAUGGCUUUGUGCCACAUAAAUUUCAAAAAGACAUCUUGAGAAAAUGACGACUUGGAAGGAAUGAAGACCUUUCUACUGGAUCCAGAACAGUCUUGGAUUUCACCGGGUUCCAUUUUGUUGGACCAUUAUUCAUGAGAUUCACAAAGAUGCCAUUUUCAUGGUUGUUGUUUAGUUUGUUUCACUAAGAACUAUUUUCAUUUGAGGAGGAACAAUUCCAUAUCCUCACAGACACAUUAUUUUCCGUCUGGUUGCUAUAACAAUGCUGGAGAUCAUUGUAGUUGAGCAAAUGUUAAAUAAAGGAACCAAUCUCUUCUGGGCAGAUUCCCAUUGAA